AUGGCUUCCAUAGACAAAAGACCGUCUCUCAACUGCUUGAGACUGAGAGGCCCAUGUGAUCCCACAUCCAAACACAACCCUGGUCACGAACAUUUGUGUGCUGGCUCCGGUUUCACAGCGUCGCGUUUUGGCCAAGCUGAGGUGAACAACUAUGCGAACGUGGACUUGAUCUGCAAGAUCGCACAAGCACAAAAGGUGGAUGCUGUUUGGCCCGGCUGGGGCCAUGCAUCGGAGAACCCCAAGCUUCCAGCGAAGCUGAAGGACUUGGGAAUCCACUUCAUCGGCCCCACGAGCCCAGUCAUGUCCGUCCUGGGCGACAAGAUCGCUGCUGGGAUCCUGGCGCAGACCGCUGGUGUCCCUUCCAUUCCCUGGAGCGGCGAUGGUCUCACAGCAGAACUCACUGCAGAGGGGACCAUUCCAGAGGAGACGUUCAAGAAGGCCUGUUUGACCUCCGUGCAGCAGGCGGUCGCGUGCGCGGAACGCAUCGGUUUCCCGGUGAUGCUGAAAGCCUCGGAGGGCGGUGGCGGCAAGGGCAUCCGCAUGUCGCAGGACAAGGAAGAACUGGAGCAACACUUUGUUCAAGUGCGGUCCGAAGUGCCGGGCUCGCCCGUCUUCAUGAUGCAACUCUGCACGGGCGCUCGGCACAUCGAGGUGCAGAUCGUAGGGGAUCAGCCACCUGGCAGCAUCGGGAAUUGGUCCGAUUUGCUGGUGGAUCCAGAGAGGGGCCUCGGCCCCUAG